AUGAUUUUGCGAUGUUUGCGGAAUCGCCGAAACAGGCAGAACCUGUCAAAUUCGUUGUGCCAGCUUCAAUCUGAACACCUGCUCAAGAGUGAGUGUCUGACUGCACUGUUCAAAAACCGUUACCGACUUGACAAAGAGGUUUGCACAUUGCAAAUGGCAAUGGAGAGUUGCAAACAGAGCGACAGCGGUUUGAAAUUACGUUGUGCAAGGCUUGCCACUGGGCAGUGCAUUCAAAACGCUGUGCAUUGUGCAUGAUCUUUUUUAAGCUCUACCGGACAGCGCAUAAGAAAUUUGAUUAUUUCGGAAAAUCUUUUCCUGAAAUCAACAUUCCGUCUAGUCGAUAUUCCAGAGAACGGUCAGGUUUUCAUUGAGACACACUGUCGACCAAAAUACGGUAAGAAAUUGCGAUUCUUAUGUACAGGUAGUACUGUAGGGAUAGCAACCUCUUUUUACUUUUCCAGAAGUCGAGAAAUGGGUGACGAGAAAAUUGCGCGGACAGAAAAGAAGCACAAGUCAGUGAAGCCAAGCGAUAAGGACACCUUGGCGCAUAAUCACGAGAAGUCUCCACCUCGGCAGCAUCUUUCCAGUCCUCACGAACUGAGCCCUCCAAUGUCGGAGCGUGAGGCUAAAGCUCUGGCUGAAUAUAGAAGGACUCAUGGUGAAAGUAGUGCUGUAACUAACCCUCAUAUUUCUUUCGAACAUGCGAUUGCUUCCAAGAACAUCGAGGCUGGUGAAAUGUUGGCUGGGAUAGAUGCUGGCGAAUGGGAGAAGGCUGAAGUCGCUGCGAAACCAGAAAUGAUCAACCAGAACAACCGUGAGGUAAGGGGUUAUUGUGCUUUGACUAAGUUUGGUGGUGCUAUUUAGUUCCGGACGAACCGCCUUGCGCCAGGGGCGAAUUGGGGUACCCACUUAAACGUCCAAAAUUGAAAUUAAUUUUUUCAGAAAAAGAUUUCUGUCUUCCAAGCCAGCCAGACCAAUGUUAUCGAGCCAAGUUCCACACCAAAAAAGAAAACCAAUGUAAAGAAACAAAAAGGUAUUGCUUCCUUUUACAUCCGUGGAUAUCAAUAUACUUCUUUCCAGAGACUGCUCCUCCAGUUUUGGACAAAGCCGAUCUUUUGGGUCAAAUGGUGACAAAAGUUGUCAGAGAAUACUUGAAAGGCCGAAGAGAAGACCGAAUCAAAUUGGAAAUCAGACUUGUCGAUGAGGAAGACGGUGAGAAAUUCGUCGAUUUGGCGUCUGACAUCAAGAAAGAGAAGAUGAGAAAAGACGAAAGAGGUGGCGUCGUCACCAAGAAAUCUCAGAAACAAAACGCCUAG